UUUAUCGAUAUCGAACGAUUUAGCUUUUAUUAACAAUUUAAAAAUAUACUAAUUGAUAUUGAUAGAGAAAUGUAUUAAGAUAAUGUUAUGUUACCCCUUACUAAAUUCUUAGGUUUAUAUUGUUGUACAAUUUCAUUGAUUAUUUUUUGUAUCAAAAUAAAAGGAAAUUAAAUAAGAAAAUUUGAAUUUUACAUCCCAAUCGCAACAAUUUUUUAAUUGUUGGAAGCAACACAGUGGCGCUGGGUGCAUUUGUUUGGAUCAAUUUAUAUGAGCGGUAAUUUGUAUACAUUUUCAAGUGCCGUGCACUGGUAACCUCAAAUGGAAAAACUGAAACCGGUAAAAUAUGUCUCGAAAGGUGUUAAAAUUAUUUGCCCUUCGCCGGAAGAACUUAGCGUGAUAACAAAUAAUAUUAAAUGCGAAAAAUGUGGACUCGUAUUUAAAAAUGAGCCACGAUAUCGUUUACACGAUCUUAAAGUUCAUCAACGUAAGAAUUUAGAUAAAACAAUAAAAGAAAAUGUUCAGUAUCAUUGUCCUGUGGAGUCUUGUAUUUAUGCUCCAAAAGCCGAAAGGCAUUUUAAUAGUAUGAAGUAUCUUAAACAGCAUUAUCUUAAAGUACAUGCCAAAAAGACACAUGCAUGUACUCUUUGUGAUAAAAGUUUUUCUACUGAAGCAGCUAAAGAAGGUCAUAUGAGAGUAUGUGGAAUUGAAUUUACAUGUUCAUGUUCAAAAACUUACACUUCUUAUGAGGCAUUACUUACACAUGCAAAAAGAUCAUUACAUACUGUAAAUAAUAAGUAUAAAAAUUCUUUGAGGCGUGCAAGUUCAAAAACCAUAAGAUUGAUUUUACCAACUAGUCAAACAGAAAUAAAUAAAUUAAUUACAAUUUUACCAAUAAAUCAGAGUGAGAAUAAAAUAUCUAAUCACAGUAAUGGUACCACCCAGAAACUUACUUCAGAUAUAGGAGUACAAACAGAUGAGCAUAGAAGGAAUAAAAGAAUAUUAAGUCCAUCAAAACACACUAAUAAUAGUCACUGUCAUAAUGAAAAACGUGAAAUAUCUAAACAGACUCAAACAAACAUAUCUCAAAAGAUCAGACAGAAUGUAAUGUCUAUGGAAACACAGACUACAGCAGCCCCACAGACAUUUAAAAAUACAUUAAGAAUACAAAAACAUAGGAAAAACUCUGUAUCACAAAAUUCUGAUUAUACAUUGUUGAAGGAAGACCUUAAUCUUGGCAAUUUUACACCUUCAAAUUUAUUUCCUAGCAGCCCACUACCGCUUCGUCACGAUGAUGGAUUACAAGACUUUUGGGAAGAUAAAAAUACAUCAGGUACUCAGACAAUACCAGAAAAAGAUAUGUUUGAAGUUCUCAAUGAUAAUGUUACUCAAACAGAAUUCGAAACAUUUUAUGACCAUAGUACAAAUCCACUGAUACAAUGCGUUCCAAAAAGUACAGUUGCACUGAUGACUUUACCUUAUGUUGAGGAAACAUCCUCAGUUGGUGGAGGAUAUUCUUUUGUGUCCUCAAAUAGCAUAUCACGGUCAGAUCCCAUGCUUACAGACAAAACUUUUGAUGACAGAUUUAGCAGUAUAGAGACUCAGACUGAACAAGCUUAUUCACAAUCGUUCUUUGAUUCGGAUACCUUAACUAGAUCAUUUACAUUAAGUUCUACCAUUGAAACACAAACCACAAACAAUCUUGACAACAUGGAACUACUGUACAGUAAUACAUGCACUCAAACUUGUAAUGAAAUACUACCAUCUGAUUUGGGAUUAUCAAAUAUUCAAACUCAAACAGCGUGGACUCAGCUCGAGGAUACCACUGUAUCCACCGAAACGCAAACAAAAUCACUGAUAUGCGAAACGGGUUGUAAUAUACCGAUAAGUGCUUGUCGCUCCUGGUUAAGUACCCAAAUUAGUCAUACUGAAACACAAACUGAUUUACUGAGUAUUUUUGAAGGUCUUCAGUAAUAAAAUAUUUAAUUCGUUAAAAAAAAAAUACCUUUAAAUAUAAAGUCAAAAUAACUUGCAUUUAAUAGAUUUAAGAUUAAUUUCUCUCUACUGUUAUUUAAUACUUUGAUAUUUUUUAUAUUUUAUUACGAACUAAUUACUUUUAUGUUCCUGUAUAUGUGCAAUUUGUUAAGUAAGUAAUGUAUGCAUUGAUUGAAAAUUGCAUUUUCUUAAAGAUUAUAUUAAGGUUUAAAUAUUGUUUAUGUGUAUUAAUAGAAUAAAAAAAUACACAUUAUAGAUAGUAUGGUUCUAUUAUACGUAACUUAUUACCAAAUCCAUUAAUUAUAAACCAGCCCAAUGUUACUUACUUUGAAUUUAUAUUUAAAAAAGGAAAUAAUACUAAAAGUUUUCGAUAAACUUUAGUAAGAGUAUUUUUUAACUUAAAAAUAAUUUUUUCAAAUGAUUUCAUCCCUAAUAUAAAUUAAUAGAGUUAAAGGUUUAUAAACUAAUAGUAAUCAUAGAUUUUUGUGUAACAAAACUAAAUGUAGAUACGAAAUAUAAUAUUACUAUUAUGGUGUAUAUUGAAAACCAUUCUUCAUUGUAGGUAUCCACAAAUUUGAAAAUGUUUUCACAAUGUAUAUUAUGAAGAUAUAAAAUACUUUAUUAUAGUGUUAGAAUAUGGGUUUUAGAAAUUUUCAAUGCAAUUUAUGUUUUAAUACAUGUAAAUAGCCGUGUAACCUUUAAAUUUAAAUAUUUGAAGUCGUUCGUGUGUCACAUACGAAGGCAACUUUUUAAGAACUUGAUCUUUUGUAUACAUGUAUUGUUACUACACUAUUUAGAAAAACACAUCUGUUCCUCGAUUUGUAUAAUUACAACCUUGUUUAAGAGGACUAUGUAUCCCCUUAAAUAGAAAAAUACAUAGAAGAUCUGGUCUGCUUCAAAUCUAAUUGUUUAGCUGAAAGUUUAAACAUUUACAAAGAAAUGAAAUAUGUAAUCUGAAACUGUACACGUAACAUUGUCAUUAUAACUAUUAAAAUAUUGUUUGUUAA